AUGAUCCCUACUUUCAUUGGCUCAGGGAUAUCUACAGUUUCAGAUUCCAGGUCACUUCUCGGUUCUGGACCAACUAUUGAAACACUUUCUUAUACUAUAGUAGAAUUCAAACUAAAACCUGCUUUCAUUGGCUCAGGGAUAUCUACAGUUUCAGAUUCCACGUCACUUCUCUGUUCUGGACCAGCUGUAGAAGCACUUUCUUCUUGUACUAGAGAUCUGAUGAAUUUGCUAACCAUGAAUGUGGAAUCUAGUGAAAUAAUUGCAAAACUUAAUGAACAUUAUCCUCGAUGGAGUCCUCAGUACAAGAGCAAUUUACAAAAGGAAUUUAAUAUUGAAAAUCCAAAAGUUCUAAAUUAUAUUGAAGCUAGUCAUACGCAGUGCCGUCGACUUGUCCUCAAGCUAGCAAUAGAUCAAGCUUAUAAAUCAACAUAUAUGACUGAUCAAUACUCAAGUGAUGUGCAACAGAUUAUCGAGGAAUCUAGGAAAUAUAUAAAUGAAGUCAUUGCUGCCUUAGAAGAAAUUUCUGGAACAUCAGUUAUUGAAAAGUUAUUAAGUGGAGAAGAGAAGUUGAAUACUGCUAACUUAAGUCAUCAUCUGCUUUUAGAGUCUUUGGAACCAAAUAUGACAGAGUCUGAUUUGUUGCAAUUCUUAGAAGAUUUUGACAGAGAGGACUCAACGCAACAAACAAGUAGUCUGGCAUCUUGUUUACUUCCUUUUGGUGCUAUCUUAAGUGACGACUCUGAAUCGGAGGGUGAAUCUGAUAGCUGCUCUGGCACUUCCGGUACUGAUUCUGAAAGUUAAAGUUGUCUCUUGAUUGUGAUUUUUAUGUAUUUUAAAAAAAUAGAACUGUAAAUAAA